AUGUCUGCAGCUACCAGUUCAGCGUCUACCACCCAUGAAUCCACUGGUUCACUCCAAGGCCCUACGAAGCCCGGUUCAUGGGUUACGGAGGCUCAGGAUGCAAAGAAGACCCCUUUGCUAUUCUCGUACAUCUACGGGAUCUAUCUUUUAGGCCAGAUUUUCGUCCUUUUCGUGGCCAAUACCCUCAAGAUGAGAAAGUUACAAGCAGAGAAGGAUGCCAAGUGCAGUGAAUGCCCCACUGCAAGAAGCCGAAUCCUGGAGCUUGAGCAACGGGUUAGGAUCGCAGAGCUCUCCGCCAGGGAUGCCAACUCUCCCGCUGAGAAAUUUGCAGGGCAAGUGAGACGGGCAAAUGAACUAGCGGAAGAGUUUCAGCGACGAGCUAUGGCGGCUGAGGAGCGGACUCCUAGUCGUCAUUCUCCUGCUUCUUCUGCUCAGUCCCAACCCGAUUCCCUGAAGACCCAAGUCAAGCAUUCCCGGUUGGCAAGCUGGGGACGCUUCUUCGGACGCUCCGUGCGCCGCCGUCACAAAAGCAGUGAGACUUUGCAGGCUGGUCAGCAAUUUUCCAAAGUUCGCAACCCUGGUUCUAAUUGA